AUUAAUAAUUAAUUCUUUUAAUUAAUAAUUUAAUAAGUAGUAUAUUAAGGUGAGUGAUUUUUUGAGAAGAACAAACACACAUUCUUUGCUCAAACGGUGCACAAAAACCCUUCACUUGACAUUGCGAUACAAUGGGAGGAGAAGAGAAACGGCACCAGAUGAUGCAAAACCUCUUCGGAGACCAAUCCGAAGAAGAAGAAGAACUUGAAUCCGAACACGAAUCCAAUCCUCAACUCAAUUACCCUUCCGAUGAAGGAGAGGGAGGUGUAAGGCAAGAAGGAGAAGGAGAAGUGGAAGGACAAGGAGAGGUAGAAGUAGAGAGCGAAGAAGGCGAAGAUGUUCGAGAUGGAGAACAUGGAGAGAGUGAAGGAGAAAGGGAACAUGGAGAGGUGGAAGUUGAGGUUGGUGAUCAGAGAGGUGAAGAGAGUGAAGGAAGGGAUACGGAUAGUGAUGCUAAAGAUGAUUAUAGCCAGCGUGUUGUUACUAGCAAGCGUAGGGAUAUUGUUGAAAGUGGAUCUGAGGAAAACCAUUUCAAUGAUGAGGAUGUUGAUGCUGCUAGAAGCCUAAGUGGGUCACCCAGAGAUGACAAAGACCCGGCUCAUGAUUUGCAUUCUGCCCCGGAAAUUCGUGAUGUAUUUGGUGAUUUUGAUGAUGAAGAGGAGGAUAUGGGAAUUAAGCAUUUAUUAAUUGAUUUCCUGUUGUAGAGAUAUCCUGCGGAUGAGGAAGGAAGUUAUGGAAAGAGCCUGCGACCAGAGGAUAUACUUGCUGAUGAAGAUCAUCAAUAUGAAUCAGGGGAGGAAAACAUUGAGAUGAAAACUAAAGAGAAGCUAUAUGGGCCCCCAUUGGAGUUAGAGGUUCCAUUGCGUCCACCACCAGCUCUUCCAGAUAAGAUGAACUUGAUUAAAGUUUCUAAUAUCAUGGGGAUUGAACCAAAACCAUUCGAUCCUAAAACAUAUGAGGAAGAGGACACCUUUGUAACUGAUGAAUCUGGAACGAAGAAACGGAUACGCUUGGAGAACAAUAUUGUUCGUUGGAGGAAAGUUACAAAUCCUGAUGGCACAACAUCUGUUGAAAGCAAUGCUCGCUUUGUAAGGUGGUCUGAUGGCAGCAUUCAGUUAUUAAUUGGGAGUGAAGUUCUUGACAUAUCAGUGCAGGAUGCCCAGCAUGAUCAAGCACAUAUUUUCCUUAGACAUGGAAAGGGAAUCCUGCAAUCACAAGGAAGGCUAUUGCAGAAAAUGAAGUUUAUGCCAUCUUCCUUGUCAUCGAAUUCUCACCGGUUGUUGACUGCUAUUGUUGACUCAAGGCAUAGGAAGUCUUUUAAGGUUAAAAACUGCAUUACAGACAUUGAUCCUGAGAGGGAAAAAGAGGAAAAAGAAAAGGCUGAAAGUCAGACUAUCAGGGCUAAUGUACUUCUUAACCGUAAGCGUGAAAAGGUGAAUCGGAAAUAUACUCCAACUGAGAGGAGACGUCAACUUUCUCCUGGGUUUUUAGAGGAUGCUUUGGAUGAGGAUGACGAAGCAGAUUAUUAUGAUUCUCGUCGUUCACAGCGGCACUUUGAGGAGGAUUUGGAAGCAGAAGUCCGAGCAGAGAAACGAAUUAUGAAUGCUAAGAAGGGACCAAAGGACAUCCCUCGUAAGUCAUCCUUUCCACCUGCCAAAUCCUCCAGACACCCAGUGGGUUACCCUGAUGAUGAGAGAGAGGAGUCUGAGUAUGAAACCGAUGACGAGGAGGAAGAAAGGCCUCUUUCACGUAAGAGGGAUGAGGAUACUGAGCCAGAGUAUGAGGACGAGGAAGAGAAUGACUAUGAAGAAACGACACAAGCUAAUGAGGCUUCGGAUGAGGAUGAAGAAGAGGAACCAAAGCAAAAGGGUAAGGAUUUAAAACGUAAUGUCAAAGGGAAGAGACUUGAAUCUGAUGAAGACUCUCCUUCUCCUCCAAGGAAACCAACAGCCCAUCGGCGAAUGGCAGUUGUGUAUGACAGUGAUGACGAAUGAAUUUUGGAUCUUGCAAUUGGAAUUGAUAAGAACAAUGCUCUCCGGUGCAUCAAAAGUUGAGAUGUCUCAUUUGUCUUUCUCCUCCUCUAUUUUCCCUGCUUAUACAAACUUCAAAUUUAAGGUUUAAUCCUUGCACAUAUCGAAGAGCCAGGCGAAGUAUUUCGUCCUAGGUCUCUUGUUGUUCACUGUAUUGCUAAUGUUAAUUAGAAUAACAGCGUACAUAUUUUUGUUGUCUGUUUUUUUUCCCAGAAGUUUUACUCCAAGGGUUGGUAAGGUGGAACCAAUGCUAGAGCUGGGGAAUUUUUCAGUUCUCCCCUUGCAAUAAUUUACAAUAAAUUAUACCAUUACUUUGCAACAUUAUAUGGUAACAUCUAGUUUGUUUUAUAGACUAAAAGAAUUGGUUUGAAGAA